ACACACACACACACACACACACACACACACACACAGAGCUGCCUUGUCCGCUUUGAGGUUGGAAGUUUGGGUACUCUGUGCCCACUAAGCUACUUUCUAUUUCAAGUGCCUGUAUGUCUGAGGCUGGGUUUGAAGCCUCCAGCAUGUUUGGAGUUAAUCCCCAUUAGGUUGGACUCCGCCCCUUUCUCCCAAAGGUGAAGCAAGGUUUUCAGGCAUCACUGCAAAGGGCAGCUAGUAUUCCCAUCCUUGUCUAACAAGCUGUGAGGAGAAGUUGUUUCUGAGACCUGAGCCUGAAGAGAGGGAACAAGUCAGUCAGCCUUCGUGGUCAGAAGAUAUUGCCUCCUUCCAAGCUACCAGGCCAGGAAGUCCAUUCAGCUGGAAGCCGGAACAGCAGCCUUGUUUUCAUUUAGGCUCCUUUCCUGCCACUUGUUCCACGAUGUAUGUCAAGAGUUAAAAGCUGUCUGAUCCGGCUGUGUUUGAAUUGGCAGAGCAGACCCUAAUUCAGUUAUCUGGUUCCUCCAUGGCAGCCUAAAGACCAUAAAACUCUAAAUCAGGCAGAAGGAAGGGAAGGUGGGAAAAGUACUGAAAAGCAAAAUCCCACAGGGAUCCAAAUGAUCCUCGAGAGAAUAAUCUUAUCCAGAAGCAAUGACCAAGUGGCACAUAAUUGAGCCCCAGGACUGGCCAACCAGAUGAAAAAUAGGCCAGUGGAGCCUACGUGGUAACUUACUGCAUUUGGUGCUGUGAUCCAACUCAUCUCCCCAUCCCUGCAGAGAAACCUGUGACCAUGAGGAGCAGCCUGACCAUGGUGGGAACCCUCUGGGCCUUCCUGUCCCUUGUUACUGCUGUGACCAGUUCUACCAGUUACUUUCUACCUUACUGGCUCUUUGGAUCCCAGCUGGGGAAGCCAGUGUCAUUCAGCACAUUCCGGAGGUGCAACUACCCUGUGCGGGGAGAGGGACACAGUCUAAUCAUGGUGGAAGAAUGUGGGCGCUAUGCCAGCUUCAAUGCCAUCCCAAGCCUGGCCUGGCAGAUGUGCACAGUGGUGACAGGUGCCGGCUGUGCUCUGCUGCUCCUGGUGGCACUAGCUGCUGUCCUGGGUUGCUGCAUGGAGGAGCUCAUCUCCAGAAUGAUGGGACGUUGCAUGGGAGCAGCGCAGUUCGUUGGAGGGCUGCUGAUAAGCUCAGGCUGUGCCUUAUACCCUUUAGGAUGGAAUAGCCCGGAGAUAAUGCAAACAUGUGGGAAUGUCUCCAAUCAAUUUCAGUUAGGUACCUGUCGGCUUGGCUGGGCCUAUUACUGUGCUGGAGGUGGAGCAGCUGCAGCCAUGUUGAUCUGCACCUGGCUCUCUUGCUUUGCUGGAAGAAACCCCAAGCCUGUCAUAUUGGUGGAGAGCAUCAUGAGGAAUACCAAUUCUUAUGCUAUGGAGCUUGACCAUUGCCUCAAACCUUGAGCUUUGAAAGAAGAUUGGAGAGGGUGGGAAAGGGGAGGAGGGAGCCCUGAAAAGAGGUACUAAGGAUUAGGCCAUUUGUCAUCUAACUGUCAUUAGUGUAGCCUAGUGUUUGCAUGCUUUUUAAACUAAUUGUCGUUCAUUUUCACUUAUCUUUAAUCCAGUAGGUCACUGGCUGUUUAUAAAAUUCAUCUAGUGGAAACAUUCUCAGACAUUUACCCAACUGGCAAGUCGUGCUAACCCGAAGACCCAAAGUACCCCUUUAUGCAAAAUAGGAUCCAAAGCUAAGGCUGGGUAAGAAUAGUUGUGCAGGGAGGGAGCACGAGAUGGGCAGAGCUGGUUCCUACCACUCCAUUCACACAGUUCAUCAGUUCAUUCCCAAGUAUUUCUUGUCACCCCCAAACAUCUCUGGAGUACUACUGCUCAAUUUUUGUGUCGUUAUCAGGAGUAUACCUUGGCUCUUCCUUUUUUUCUCCUGCUUCCCCUUCCCCACCCCUUAUGGGGAAGCUUCAGGGGAGCAGGGGAGGGUGAUUCCCAGUGGUGGGGAAAACAUUAAUCAAGGAUACUUGCAUUUAGCCUGGAGCUCCUUCCUCAUUAUGCUUUAGAAUAUUCAUAGGAGUUCAAUUUGUAUUCUGGCUGGGUGAUGAGCAAAAAAAAUAUAUAGUAGCAAAUAUUCUCUCAUCCUUUAGAGAUAAAGAAAUGGUGUUCAUCAAAUAUACUGAGAAUAGACUAGCAUUUGUGGGGCACUCAAUAAAUUUAAAUUCAUGGUGACAGUGACAAGGAUGUUUCUGCUAGAUACUUAUUGAAAUUUCUAUCAGAGAUCAUUUUUAUUGACUAGGAAAUCCACAGUGGCCUUUUACCCCCUAUAGUCACUCCUAAUGUGACAUAAGUUCAUCUGCCUGUUUCAAAGACUGUUCAUUAAAUGAUCUCUCCUCCAUCUGGGGCGAGUUAGCCACAAAAGAACACAGCACUGAUGGCACCUAGGGCUGAUGUAUUUUUAGGCCUGGACUCCAUCCCAUCUGUGCUCAAGGUUGAUGGAUGGUGUAGAAGAACUUGGUGUCUCCUGGGGGCAGACUUUGUCUCACUCCUCUCCCCCAGUUAAUUCAGGCCAGCUCCAUUGUUCCAUAACUACAGCUAUUGUUCUGUAACUACAGCUUUAGGGAAUGGGGAGGGCCUGUGAUUCAAAAGGCCAGCUCAUCUGUUUCUAUUCUUAAUAAUUCCAGCAUGGUUUUGAUACAGCCCUACCUAGAGGGAUAGAAAUAGAAAAAAACUGGCUUCAUAAGUUAUAUGCUAUCUCAUGAGAGGUCAGAGUUCUUAUAUUGGCUUUACAUAGGUAAGUGAAUUUAAAUGCUUCCUCCAUCUAUAGUUGACAUAUAGUUGACAUAUAAAGAAUAUGUCAAAUAUUUGAGAAAAGGCAGAUAGCUCACUUCAGAAAAGGUAGUUGGAUCAGGCGAUCUCUCUUUUCAGGCUAGGCAACCUUCUGGAAAUCUGUAGGAUAGACUUUGUCAAAGUGAGCGUAUAAGUCAGAAUCCUGCCAAGAAACAGAUGGUAUUCUCAAGGAGUUUAGCUGAGAUGAGCUUAGUGAAGGGACAAUUUAUGAUGGUGUGUGCAGGGUUAAGGGAACUUACCAGUGAUUGUGAGGCAUAGAAAGACUAUGAACAGUGAGGAGCUGUUAUUAUUAUUACUCCUAACACUGAAAGGACAAAGGGAAGAAACUGUUAUUGGCACCCAGUAAGUACUGCCCAUGUACAAGAGGGGCUGCCUCACAGGAGCUCUUGCUUCAGGUAGCACAAUGUAGUCUCUGCCCAAAUGCAGUAAGGAGGGAGAGAGGGGAAUGAACACCCAUAUCUCACUCUCUUUCCACUCUUUGAUCUCCUGCCAGUGCCCAUCAUUAGCCAGACCCAGCCACAUGGCAGCUGGCAAAGAAGCCUGCUGCAAUAGCCCAUUGAGGUCAGACUCCUUUGGCAUACAGCAUGGCAGGGAAGGUUGGAGAAUGAAGCUUGGGGUUAUGAGGGGCCAGUGGAAAAUGACAUUUCAGUGAGUGCUCUUAGCCACCAGACAAUGCCAUUGCCUUGUGCACUGCUUCCCAGGAAGUAUAUGCUUUGCUUUCCUCCAUGGCCCAGAAGCUUAAACACACUGUGAAGUAAUUGGACCCUGGAAAGGAGACUGAAGAGGAAGGGGUUAAUUUGAAAGAACACUUUAAAUAACUAUCACCUUGGAGGAGUUACUUGCAGGUGAAGUAAGUUGGAAUGUUUUCUCCUCUUUUCCAAUGAAAGGAAAGUGGAUUUAAAAGACACAUAUUUUUUUUUCUGUGAAGAAACCAGGUCUGCAGGGGCUUAUAUUCAAAGAAGGAUCUAGCCCCAUGUUCAAUUCGAAUUAAAAUUCCUCCUUGCCUA